ACGACCACAAAUACAUGCAUCUCAAUUAUCUAUAUAAAUAAGCAUUGCAGUAAACAAGCAAAUCAACAAAAGAAAUUUAAAAAAAAAUGGCCGUGAUCCCAAAGGUGAAGCUCGGCGGCAUGGAGAAGGCGAUGCCGGUGAUUGGGAUGGGAACGGCGUCGUUUCCUAUGGCAGACCUGGAGACGACGAAAGCGGCGGUGCUGGAGGCGAUCAAGGCCGGGUACCGCCACUUCGACACAGCCUUCGCCUACGGCUCCGAGACGGCCCUGGGCGAGGCGGUGGCGGAGGCAAUCCGCCUCCGCCUCAUUGAGUCACGCAGCGACCUCUUCAUCACCACCAAGCUGUGGGCCAGCUUCACCGAUCCCACCCAGAUCGUGCCCGCUUGCAAAAUGAGCCUCCAAAAUCUGAAAGUGGAGUAUGUGGAUAUGUACCUGAUCCAUUGGCCGGUGAGGCUGACGGAAAUGGUGAGAAAAACUCCGGUUCCGGUUGAAAUCGUCAAGCCUUUGGAUAUCAAGGGUGCGUGGAAAGGGAUGGAGGAGUGCGUCAAUUUAGGCCUCACAAAAGCCAUAGGUGUUAGUAAUUUCUCUAUCAAAACCCUUGAUCAACUUCUCUCCACUGCCAAAAUCCCACCAACACUCAAUCAGGUGGAGAUGAAUCCAUAUUGGCAACAGAAGAAGCUGAGGGAAUUCUGCAAGGAAAGGGGGGUUCACGUGACGGCCUACUCUCCGCUAGGAGCAAACAACACAAAAUGGGGAGACGACAGAAUACUGGGAAAUGAAGUUCUAGCGGAUAUCGCGAAAGCCAUGGGAAAAACCACAGCUCAGGUGGCAUUGAGGUGGGUAUACGAGCAAGGAGUGAGCAUAGCAAGCAAGAGCUUCAACAAAGAGAGGAUGGCACAAAAUCUCCAAAUAUUUGAUUGGUGUUUGAGUGAUCAAGACUUAGAAAAAAUUAGCCAACUUCCACAGGCCAAAGGGGUCACUUUGGCUUCCAUUUUGGGACCCCAUCCUCUUGUUUUGGAGAUAGAUGCAGACCUUUAGCUUUAUUUUAUCAUCACUUCUCUUUUGUAAUACUCUCUAUUCAAUAGUACGAAUAAAACAUUCUUAUAAUUGCUGCCCAAA